AAUACCAAAUCAACCAACACCCGAGUGUCAUCAGCCAAACCAUUGAACUUACUUUACACGUCGACCUUCCAUAAAAAGGAUCCCAAGUAACCAUCACUCAUCAACUAGGAAUCAAUCAAUCCCAAGUAACCACUCUCUAUUAAUCAGACAUCGAUUAAUCCCGAGUAACUCUCAACCACCACAUCGGAUAACAACCAGUAACCAUCAAUCAAUUAAUCACCAUCAUCCAAAAUGUCUCGCCGUCGUCAACACGCAACCAUCCCCCCCACCCCCCGACCCAACCCACGCUUCGCGCCGAAGCCAAUCUGGACCCAACCGCGGGAAGUCUACAUCCCAGGCUGGAGCGACACCCGCCCAACCCCACCCCCGGAAUUCCCCUUCGGUCUACCGCGCGAACUAGAAGCGCGUCUCGAACUCGAAGCCGCCGCCGAACGCGCCUUCCAAGCGCGUAUGUCCUACCUCGCCAACUCCCCCGGCGCUCCUCCCUCCCCACCCCCAGCCCCCGGCGCCGUGAUCCGGAAAUCCUUCGUCCGGGGAUGGGUCCCACCACUCCCCCCUCCCCCACCCACAAAAUUCGUCGUCCUGCUACUAGCCAUCACCGCCCUAAUCCAAUCCUGGAAAACGUGGUACGCCGAAAAGAAAGCCCUCGUGGUGCAACGAUACAAACACGAGGCUUUUAUGCUCGAGCGCCGAUGGUGGCUCGCCUUAACCGCAUACCGACAAUCCGUAUGGCUUUUGUACUUCCGCCUCUUGCGCAAGAUCCUAUUCUGGACACUUGUGGCGGUGGUGGUAGCUUGGUUGGCGAAGCUUAAGAUGGACGAGCGCGAGGAGUGGCUCGAGCAGCAGAAGUACGUGUACAAGGAACCCUCGUGGGUUCUUUACCCCGAGCCUGCCGUCUGGUCGGUGGCGAAGCCGCGAUGUGAUUGUGAGUGUGAUUGCACGGCCGUGUGUCCUUAGGGUACUAGAGUGAGUGAGCGAGCAAAAGAAAAGAAAGGGGAGUUAGUUCAUAUGAUGAAUUGGGAAAAAUCUGGAGUUAGGAGACCGGAAAAGUUUGAGCUUGUACUACAAUUUGAUUUCUGUAAGAAGUGUCAGGAAAAAUAUGGAGCUGGACAGGAAAAAGGAGGGCGGCGUUACAGGUUUACUGGCUGACUAUUGAACUGGUCAACACACAUUCUGGGGUUUAGCUAGAUGACUUCUUGUCAGUAAUUUUCAGCCCCUUUGAGUACAAAACCGUCACAGGUUAGCAGUAGCAUAAAAUCAAUUGA